AUGUCCAAGGCAGUAUCUCGACUGCGGAUGGCAAAGAAGACUGGAGAGAAGGUGAUCCAUGGCCCAAAAAUGCGAAUGACAGUCCCAGCUGGGAUGGCUACCCCAGGUCCUCCCCUUGGACCUGUGUUGGGUCAGAGAGGGGUCAAUGUUGCUCAGUUCUGCAAGGAAUUCAAUGAGAGGACCCAGGACAUCAAGGAAAUGAUCCCAAUACCCACCAGGGUGACAGUGCACCCUGAUAGAAGUUUUAGCAUUGAGAUCACUCAGCCACCUGUCACAUACUUCCUCAAACAGGCUGCUGGCAUCCCCCGUGGCACCAUGUUCCCAGGUCGGGACAUAGUUGGGAAGGUAACCCUGAAACACAUCUAUGAGAUAGCCAUGAUCAAAAGCCAAGACAGAGCAAACCAGUUGUGCACCCUAGAAGAGCUUUGUAAGAGGAUCAUAGGCACAGCAAGAACAGUGGGGAUUGAGGUGGUGAAAGGAGACCUUGAUCCCAAAGAGCAUGGGGAGUUCCUGGAAAGGACGAGGGAAUUUGUGGAGAAACAGCUUCAGGAACUACGGGAACAACGAGAGGCUAAAGUCCUGCGCACCUGAUCAUCAAUUAGGACUAGUCUAGAAGUGU